AUGGCAGCGGAUGCAAAGGCCAAGUCCAAGGGGAAGGGCAAGAGGAGCGGCGAUAGCGAGCGCAAAGAUGACGCUGAGACUCAGAGGCCUUCCGCCGAAGUCUUGACAGAACAGCUUUGCGAGGCAAUCAAUGGCGGCGCCACCGCACAAGCCGAAGACCUCUUCAGCCAGAUGGUCGACUGGACAGCGAGCUCCGUCGAGAGGACUCUGUGCGCCAGCAGCACUACGUGUCCGAGCUGGAAGCGGCUGCUGUGGCCGCAUUGCCUGACUCUGACAGCUCCGAGGACGAAGGCGCAGCGCGGCGCAGCUAAACCAUCCUGA